GGGAGCGAGCCACUCGCACUUUCUGGGGUGGCCGCCAGGGGCCGCCGGGCGCUUUGUUUUCCUUUCUGGCCAGGGUCGGGGCCGGAGGCCUGCAGAGCGCAUGCUCCGGGGCAGUUCGCGGCUCGGCCGGUGAUCACUGGAGUUCGUUGUAGCCGACCCGCACCAAGGAUAGGAAGAUGCCACCCAAGCGCAUAGCUAAGAGAAGGUCAGCCCCAGAAGAUGCCAUCCCCAAAAGCAAGAAAGUAAAGGUCUCACACAGGUCCCACAACACAGAACCAGGCUUGGUGCUGACACUGGGCCAGGGCGACGUGGGCCAGCUGGGCCUAGGUGAGAAUGUUAUGGAGAGGAAGAAGCCUGCCCUGGUGCCCAUUCCAGAGGAUGUUGUGCAGGUUGAGGCUGGGGGCAUGCACACCGUGUGUCUGAGCAAAAGUGGCCAGGUCUACUCCUUCGGCUGCAAUGAUGAAGGUGCCCUGGGAAGGGACACAUCUGUGGAGGGCUCAGACAUGGUCCCUGGGAAAGUGGACCUGCAAGAGAAGGUGAUACAAGUGUCAGCAGGAGAUAGCCACACAGCAGCUCUCACCGAAGAUGGUCGUGUUUUCCUGUGGGGUUCAUUCCGGGACAAUAAUGGUGUGAUUGGGUUGUUGGAGCCCAUGAAGAAGAGCAUGGUGCCUUUGCAAGUGCAGCUGGACACACCAGUGGUAAAGGUAGCCUCAGGAAAUGACCACUUGGUGAUGCUGACAACUGAUGGUGACCUCUACACCUUGGGCUGCGGGGAGCAGGGCCAGCUAGGCCGAGUACCUGAGUUAUUUUCCAACCGUGGUGGUCGGCAGGGCCUYGAACGACUCUUGGUCCCCAAGUGUGUGAUGCUGAAAUCUAGGGGAGCCCGGGGCCAUGUGAGGUUCCAGGAUGCCUUCUGUGGUGCCUAUUUCACUUUUGCCAUCUCCCAAGACGGCCACAUAUAUGGCUUUGGCCUUUCCAACUACCAUCAACUUGGAACACCAGGCACAGAAUCUUGCUUCAUACCCCAGAACUUGACAUGCUUCAAGAAUUCCACCAAAUCCUGGGUGUGCUUCUCUGGUGGCCAGCACCAUACAGUCUGUCUGGAUUCAGAAGGAAAAGCAUACAGCCUGGGCCGGGCUGAGUAUGGGCGGCUUGGCCUUGGGGAGGGUGCAGAGGAGAAGAGCAUACCCACCCUCAUCUCCAGGCUGCCCACCGUCGUCUCAGUGGCCUGUGGGGCCUCUGUGGGGUAUGCCGUGACCAAGGAUGGUCGUGUUUUUGCCUGGGGUAUGGGCACCAACUAUCAGCUGGGUACAGGGCAGGAUGAGGACGCCUGGAGCCCUGUGGAGAUGACUGGCAAACAGCUGGAGAACCGCGUGGUGUUGUCUGUGUCCAGCGGGGGCCAGCAUACAGUCCUAUUAGUCAAGGACAAGGAACAGAGCUGAUGAAGCCUCUGAGGGCCUGGCUCCUUCCCCUGCCCUCCCUUAUAGAACAGGGAAGCAGAGACAACUACAGAUUCCAGCAGGCCUCUCCCCAGCCCUGAGCACUGUCGGUCUCCUGCCAUUUUUCCAUCAGCAGAGCAGAAUCCUUUUCUCUCUUUCCUCCUCUUUUCUGGAAUCAUCCUGGGACCUGCAGGAUAAAAGGGGAGGGAGAUGGGAGGGUCUGUCAGAAGGAACAUUGCUCAUCCCAGACUAUGUAGUCAGACCUUUCCUUCUACUUCCCUACCCUCUGGUGGUCCUGGCUGGCCCUGACUUUGCCUACAAAAAAACAAAACUUCUUCCCCUGGUACCUGCACUUUGAGAAGUUGGGCUUUAUCAAGCCCCAUUCUGGUCUUGUGUUUCUAACAGUCCCCAGGCAAACAGAUGGUACAGUCAUCAUACCCAGUUGUCAUGGAGCCAUAUCUGGGGGAAUUUGGAGGAAACAGGACCUGUGCACAACCCCAAGCCAAAUAUUUGGCUCUAAACAGGUGUCCGAAUGAGCCACUUGAUGAAGAAAAAGCCAAAAGCUAUUCUCCCAGAAGCACAAAGCAUACUCUUGUCUCUCAGGCAUUGCCUGUGGAUUCCCCCAUUUGUUGGGCCGCACCUGCAACCAAGGACAUGAAAGCUGGGCUGGGCUGGGCUGGGCAGG